AUGACAUUAAGAUCAUCAAUUAACCAUAGAUCCAAAGAAGACAUUGCUGGAUUUGCUCGUCUUACCCUUGAAAUUGUCAAUGCUAACGCUUCAAUAACAUUGGACCGCAUACAAAAGGGUUAUUACGUGCAAACUAAGGAUAAAGAACAAAAAGAAGCUAUGAAAGAUUGUCUUGCAUCAUACAACAUGAUAGUUAAUGUACAUUUGAAAGAAGCUCUAAAUGCUAUGAACAAAGGUGAUUAUAAGAUUGUUAAACAAAGAGCUUAUGCGGCUGGUAUACAAGCUGAGACAUGUGAUAAUAAAUUCAAGAACUCAACUAUGAAGCCUUUAAAGGAUACUAACCGAUAUGUGCAAAAUCUAUGUGCUAUUGCUAUGUCGAUUAUUAACAAAUUGCUUUUGCCAAAUCAACCAACUUCAACUUAUUAG